GUUAGGCCAGGCGAGCAGUGGGGCAGCCAUGGCGGAGCCGGAGGCCGAGGACCUGGACGCCCUCAUCGACGAUCUCGACUACCUCCCGGGCCACUUCCACCUGGAGAUGCAGCUGAACUUCGAGCCAAGCUCGCCCGCCCCGCUGCGCGCCCGGGACCUGAAGUUGCAGCGAGAGGGCCUUCGGCAGGAGCUCGAGCUGGCGGCCGCCCCGCAGCGCCCCGCCGUGCGUCACCUCCUGGGCGCCUUCGCCUUCUACCUGGAGGAGCUGGACGAGGCCCGCGAACGCUUCCUCGAGGUGGCCCACGAGGACCCGGGCAACCUUAACGCCUGGGCCAAUCUGGUGCACGUGUACGGGCGUCUGGGACAGGAGGAAGAGGAGGAGGCGUGCGCAGCGCGGCUGGCGGACCUCAUGGGUCUGGCGGCGGAACCCGAGGCCGGAGGGGACCCCCAGCUCCGCGCCGCGCGCUGCCUGGCAGAGCAGGGCUACGCGCACGGCUUCGACGUGGGCUGUGCCAGUCCGGAGGAGCGCGCCCGGGUGCUGGCGGCUGGCAUCGCGCUCUACGACAAGGCGCUGGGCUAUGGGAAGCAGAUCCCCGUGGAGGAGAAGAGAGGCUGGUACUUCACCAUGGCGACACUCUUCCUCAGGCUAGAUGGCAUCUUCCUGGAGCUGGGCAGCGAGGAGCAGAAGAGGCUGCCUGCCUUCAACCGCACGCUGGCCCUGCUCCGGCAAGUGCUCAAGUCCUCAGACCCCCACCACCGAGCUCUAGCCUGGUGCUACCUCGGGAUGCUGCUGGAGAGGAAGGAUACGUUCUCCACCACCCCCAUGGGUGUCCAUGACUGUGGGUACUCGGGGACCGACCCUCUGGAUUGUUUUGGCAAGGCCAUUGAGAUUGCCAAGGAUCAACCUCCCAUCCUGAAUCGCCUGGCCAAAAUCUUCCACUUUCUAGGAAAGCAGGAUAUGGCCAUUGGAACCUGUAACAUGGCCCUGGACGUACUACGUGAUCCGGAGCUCAACUGGCAGGCGUAUUGCACGAGAGCCAAGGUGGGUCUGGAUGAGUAUUCGAUGCAUGACCUGGAGAGGGCCAAGAUGGGGCUUGGGGGCGUGCCUGACAGGAGCCACCUGGCCUGCGCCAAGGCUGACCUGGAGGAAGUGGUCAGAGUGUGCCCAGGCCUUAAGACCUACCUGGACAUCGGCCAGGUCUACUACUACAUGGGCGUGGACGCGAUGCAGGAGCUGCUGGCCGUGGACGAGGAGGCGCUGAACCAGGCGCUGGUCUUCCUGGCCAAGGCUGGCGAGUCGGAGCUGGGCGCCACUCUGCCCGAGCUGCAGCUGCUGCGUGGCAAGUGCCUGCGCAUCAAGGGCGAGGAGGCCAACGCGGCGGCCUGCUUCAAGCGCGCAGUGGAGCUGGAUGACGCUGGCUCCAGCCACACCGAGGGCUUCGGCUGCCUGCUCGAGGCGCUGCUGGCGCAGUGGAGCCAGGCGCAGCUGAGCGACGGCGAGCUGGCCCGCGAGGUGGACGUUUGGCUGCGCCGCGCACAGGACAAGUACCCGGCGGCGAGCCUGCGCCAGGAGCUGCAGCGCGUGUGGCGCGGCCACACGGACGAGGUGCUGGGGCUGGCCCGGGCCUUGGUGGCCCAGGGACGGCCGGCGCUGGUGCGGCUGCUCUUCGAGACCAUGGAGCGUGAAGGCGAAGGCGCAGGGGCGCCGCGGGGCCGCAGGGCGCUCUCCCUUUGAGGCACAGAGCCCAGGCCCAAAGCCUCCGCUAAAGACGCCGAGGCCCCGCCCCUCCACCGCUGAUUGGGCUAAGUCUGCACGCUUCAGACCGGCCUGUCCUGCCAUAGGCUGGCUGGUGAGCGGAGCCAAUCACAUCCUCCGUGGGGAAUUUGGGAUUCCGGAAACCCGAAGAGCCUAACGCAGUUUGAAGCGCCCACUGGGGCAGGAAGGUCUGUCGCGGGAGAGCAACGGAGGCUAGAAGCGGCGGGGAGAGGUUACUGUGACUGAGAAACUGCUAAUUAGGGGGCAGAAUUUUGCAGACAUGCAGAAAAUAAGAUGGCUGCAAGGCUGUUGAGAGAAAAAGAGAAUUGCCUCGGUUG